AUGGAUCCCGCAGAGGAGAGAAGAGAUACAAAAAGGCAUCAGGAGAACUGCAACAUGUUGGGAUACGUGGCCGAUUCUGAAUAUGGGAUUCCUAGAAGAUGUCCCUGUGGUGGGAGAAUCAUUGACGAGGUUUGCGGGAAGGAGGAGUACGACACUCAUCCUGGGAAGCGCUUCUUCAGCUGCAUAAACUACGAGGCUGAUGGAUUUCAUUAUCGUCAGCCUUGGGUAAUAGGCGUCCAGGAGGAGAUCGAACACCUGCGUAAGCGUGUGGAGGAGGCUGAUGAGGUGAUCAAGUUGGUGCCCAAUCUCAAUAAACAGAUUGAGAGUGUUGAGGCACAGGUUAAAAGGCUCAGUUUGCUGCUUGAUCACCUCACUGGUGACGUUUAUAACCUCACUGUGCAGAUAGCUAAUCUGGAGAAGCUGGAUAUUGGAGAGUUACGCGGGUUCCCAGGAAUGGUAGGCAGCAUCGACUGUAUGCAUUGGGAGUGGAAAAAUUGCCCAACAGCUUGGAGAGGACAGUACACACGUGGUUCAGGAAAGCCGACAAUUAUCUUAGAGGCGGUGGCAUCACAAGAUCUAUGGAUAUGGCACGCAUUUUUCGGACUUCCAGGUCGAGCUCCUAAAAUAAAUUUCAAGGUCAACAACCACAAUUAUUGUAUGGCGUACUAUCUUAGCGACGGAAUUUAUCCGAAAUGGUCAACAUUUAUCCAAUCAAUCUCACUUCCUCAAACUCCAAAAGCACAGCUAUUUGCUCAACAUCAAGAAGCCGUAAGAAAAGAUGUCGAACGUGCUUUCGGAGUAUUGCAAGCGAGGUUUGCAAUAGUUAAAAACCCAGCACUACUAUGGGACAAGGAAAAGAUAGGAAGGAUUAUGAGAUGUUGUGUCAUACUGCACAACAUGAUAGUAGAGGACGAACGCGACAGAUUCACUCAGUAUGAUACAGAUGAAUUCGAAUCAGGAGAGUCAAGCAGAAGUUCCCAGGUUGAUGUCGUCUCCUCUACGGAAAGCCUUUCUAAUGUCGGUGAAAUGCGUGGGAUUCGCAAUCAAAUUCGGGAUCAACAGAUACAUCAUCGUUUGAAAGCUGAUUUAGUUGAAAAUAUAUGGCAAAAGUUUGGUAAUUUUGAUGAAUAA